CCUGGUCCCCGCCGCAUGGACGAGCACCUCAGCCUCCUGAGCUCGCCGCCGCCACCCUCCGCCCGCCACCGCGCCCACCCUUCCCAGCGCCCCGCCGGCGGCGGCGGCGGCGGCGGCUGCGGUGGCGGCACCCACACCCUGGUGAACCCCGGCUACGCCGAGCCCGCCGCAGGCCCCGAGCUGCCGCCAGACAUGACGGUGGUGUCCGGGGACCACCUGCUGGAGCCGGAGGCGGCCGACGGUGGCGGGGACCCGCCUCAGGGCGGCGGGGACCGCUACGAGCCGCUGCCGCCCGCGCUGCCGGACGCCGGCGAGCAGGACUGCUGCGGGGAGCGCGUGGUGAUCAACAUCUCGGGGCUGCGCUUCGAGACGCAGCUCAAGACCCUCUGCCAGUUCCCGGAGACGCUGCUGGGCGACCCCAAGCGGCGCAUGCGGUACUUCGACCCGCUCCGCAACGAGUACUUCUUUGACCGCAACCGGCCCAGCUUCGACGCCAUCCUCUACUACUACCAGUCCGGGGGGCGCAUCCGCCGGCCCGUGAACGUGCCCAUCGACAUCUUCUCCGAGGAGAUCCGCUUCUACCAGCUGGGUGAGGAGGCCAUGGAGAAGUUCCGCGAGGACGAGGGCUUCCUGCGGGAGGAGGAGCGGCCGCUGCCCCGCCGCGACUUCCAGCGCCAGGUGUGGCUACUCUUCGAGUACCCGGAGAGCUCCGGGCCGGCCCGGGGCAUCGCCAUCGUCGUGCUCGUCAUCCUCAUCUCCAUCGUCAUCUUCUGCCUGGAGACGCUGCCCGAGUUCCGCGACGAGAAGGACUACCCUGCGUCGCCGUCGCGGGAGCUGUUCGAGGCGGCCGGCAACAGCACGUCGGGCGCCCCCGCCGGAGCCUCCAGCUUCUCCGACCCCUUCUUCGUGGUGGAGACUCUGUGCAUCAUCUGGUUCUCCUUUGAGCUGCUGGUGCGGUUCUUCGCCUGCCCCAGCAAAGCCACCUUCUCGCGAAAUAUCAUGAACCUGAUAGACAUCGUGGCCAUCAUCCCGUAUUUCAUCACCCUGGGCACCGAGCUGGCCGAGCGACAGGGCAAUGGACAGCAAGCCAUGUCCCUGGCCAUCCUGAGGGUCAUCCGGCUGGUGCGGGUGUUCCGCAUCUUCAAGCUCUCCCGCCAUUCCAAGGGGCUGCAGAUCCUGGGGCAGACGCUGAAGGCGUCCAUGCGGGAACUGGGGCUGCUCAUCUUCUUCCUCUUUAUCGGGGUGAUCCUCUUCUCCAGCGCCGUCUACUUUGCCGAGGCAGACGACCCCUCUUCAGGUUUCAGCAGUAUCCCGGAUGCCUUCUGGUGGGCAGUGGUAACCAUGACGACAGUAGGUUACGGGGAUAUGCACCCAGUGACCAUAGGGGGCAAGAUUGUGGGGUCGCUCUGUGCCAUCGCUGGUGUCUUGACCAUUGCUUUGCCAGUCCCUGUGAUUGUCUCCAACUUCAAUUACUUCUACCACCGGGAGACAGAGGGGGAAGAGCAAGCCCAGUACAUGCACGUGGGAAGCUGCCAGCACCUCUCCUCUUCAGCCGAGGAGCUCCGAAAAGCAAGGAGUAACUCGACUCUGAGUAAGUCGGAGUAUAUGGUGAUCGAAGAGGGGGGUAUGAACCAUAGCGCGUUCCCCCAGACCCCUUUCAAAACGGGCAAUUCCACUGUCACCUGCACCACGAACAAUAACCCCAACUCCUGUGUCAACAUCAAAAAGAUAUUUACCGAUGUUUAAUAUAUGAUACAAGUGACAUUCUGUGCUCUGUAUUGUGUGACCCGUGCCCCCUUGGUCUGUGUGUGCUCUUGUUUUAUACUUUUCCAGACCAUUCAUCAAGGAAAGGACAUGAAGAAGUGGGAAGCACACUUCAUUCUCCCUCUCCCUACUGCUUCAUACUGAAACAGCUGUCUGUUUUGCAAGUGGGCUGCAUUCUCUCAGCUCUCCUUUUUCUCCCUCUCAAUAUUGCAAACAACAAACUUACUUUAAACUUGAUUUCUAGUACACGCCCUAUAAAAAAAAAAAAAACCUGUACAUCCUGGGAGGAAAUGAAACUAAAGAACAGUUACAGUAACUGUUUAAUUUCAGAAUUAAAAGCUAGCUGUUUCUUUACUAAGUAAAGCAGGCACACACUUAAAACGAUGCUUCAAUUUGAUGGACCUUCAACAGUAUGGGAUAUUUACUUGCCUACCUAAUGGAUAUGUGGAUGGAAAGUCUAAUCAAAACGAUUUAUAAAUCCACCGUAAGUUUAUUUGGUUUUUCACUGGAAUUUCUAUUUGGAACCCUCCCUUCCGGAAGUUGAAGGAUCUCUACAACUUUGAACAAAGGGAAAUGCCCUAGACGUCCUGAUCUGACUAAGGCAGUUAACUCUGGGGCUUGUUAGGCAUUUCGAAAGUAUUAGACUAACAGAUUCCUGUGACGUUCGCUGUGUGUGUCUGUCUGUGGUGUGUGUGUGUGUGUGUGUGUGUGUGUGUGUGUUCCAGCCAACAUCUAUCAAAGUCUGGAAACAGAUGUUUUCAGUGCUGCUGAGAGGAAGAAAAUAUUUUCUUAAUGCAUAUGAGAGAGAAGCUGCAGUAUCACAAGAAGAUUAAAGUGGCAGAUACUCUUUCCAGCGGAAGUUACUAAUUCGGACCUGACUGAUGCAGUUCCCAUAGCAACCCAUGUUUCCUGGGAAACCCGUAAAAGGUUGUCAUGGCAUCUCCUGCUCUCUAGCCCCGCCCCCUAACCCCGGCCGUUUCCACAGUAACCUUUCCAGAUGGUUCCUACUUACACGAUUUCAUAAGGAAAACCACUGUUUGAAUAAACCGCACAAAUAAAGUUAAUUCUGAGAGUCCAAGAUGGUGAACUGAAUCACAAAAUGCGUAUAUUUACCACACACACACACAAAAAUCGUUGCUAUCAUCCCAUAAUGACUGAAUCGAGAAGGAAAGUAUCUUCUUUGGAAUGUUAGAUAUACACCACAAUCAGGCAUGAUUUGAAUUAAAUGCCAGUAAUUGGGCAAUAAUUUCAAAAGAUGCUUCUUUUUACUGUUUUCUUUUCACCAAAGAGUUUCAAGCCAACAAAUGAAAUUAAAAAGCAAAUAGAAAACUGUUCUGUACAUAAGCAAAUGAGAGAUUCAAUGUACCUGAAACCUUCUUACAAGGGAGCCUUCAGACUUCCUCUAUAAAAAAAAAAAAAAGUCCAGAUGCUCCAACAGCACUGUCAUCAUUACAGCACUUGAAAAGCUAAAUAAACUUGAAAAAUAUGAAGGAUGCACGUUUUUAACUGAGGGAAUUGCAGACAAUCAAUAAAAAGGAGGGACAGGAAGUAACCAAAUCUUGGGGAAAUACCUGCAAGUUUCAGCCGUAUGCCAGGGGUUGCCAGAAGACAGACAGAAUCAGCAUUUUCCAAGUCCUUCCCACCUGUCAGCUGUGAGUAGAAGUGAUAAGCCCUCCCACUCAGAAAUGCAAAGAAGCACAUGUGCCCCCCAGUCUGAAGACUUAUGGAAACUGAGAGAGAGAGAUAUCUGAAGAGCCCCCCAGAAAGCACUGUCCAACUGCACUAACUGUAGGAUGCUCAUUCUUUAGUUGCCCAGCUCAAGAAUGCAGUGUUGGUCCUUUCGCCGAUAGGUGGUGAUCUGUCUGCCAGCACAUAUUUUUGUUUCAGUUGACAUUAAAUAACAUGUCUCUAACAAAUGCUUUAUAUCAAGAAAACAGCUCUGAAGCUGGAGGAGUCUCUUCAAAUUGUAUACAGUAUAAAAGAUGCCAAUCAAGAGAUAUAGAAGAACGUUAAAAAAUAUUAGGCUAUAUUUUCGACCUUUUGACAUUGUGAUAAAAUCUAAUGAUCCAAAAACUAAUCAGUAUUGCUGACAAAGAAAACCUAAAUGUUUGUUUCCAACAAGCCAACUAUUACUGUUUUCUCCUUUCAGUUAACUACCGGACUCUAUUUAUCAUGAGAUAAUGUCAUCUUCUGUGUUCUGGGUUAUGUGCAACUUUGUGAAGGUGUGUUUUGUACCAAAGGCUCCCAUACGUAACGUAGAUUAGUCCAUUUGCACGUGAAUAAGUGAAGUCUACACUGUGCCCUACGAGUGGUAUUAAAGACAGACUUGCCUAAAAGAAAUGUGCCUUGCUUGAUUAGCCAUUCUUUUAUUUUUUGAUUCAAAAUGAUAGAUUUGCAACUUAGUCUUAUAGGCAGGUUAGAGCUAAGCUUAACUUUAAAAAAGUGUAUUAGUACUAACUAUAUAUUUAAGUUGUCUAGCUUAACUAAAAUUUAACAUUCAGUUAUAGUUUUCCACAGUUCAUAUAUGAUGUACUCGUUCAAUUUAGUUUUCAUGCAGUGUUUGGUAUGGCGAGACAAAGCAUAUUCUUAAAGAUAUAUACAGUAUUUCAUCUAAUGUUUCUAGAAUGUCCUUCAAAAUUGUAUGUGUAAUUGACUCAUUUUAUAUUUUUAUAUUAUUUUAGAAAUGAAACUUUUUUCAAUAAAAAAGCAAAGUUUUCGUUGGAAAAGAGAUUUAGGAGGUCAUGAGUAUGAUUUCCCAUUUGGGGACAUUUCACUUCUGUGCCAUUAUUGAUGUAUGUACUGUGACAUUUCAGCAGAAUGGUAGCUAUUUGUAUAUUAUUUAAUAAGCCUUAUGGAAAGUCAAACUGUGAACUUUUAGUAUAAAGAAGACUUUUCUCAUUUCCAUAUUUUAUUUUCAAAAAUACCUGAGCAAAUGCAUAAAUAACCAGUCUCCUGUUAUUCAAAUGCAUAAGAAAGCUAAGUUAUAAUAAGAGCACUUGUUAAUUACUAUCAAAAUAUUUUGGUAGCAAAGCCAAGAUUAUAAUACUGUUUGAGGCCCUAUGGAAGGAAAUAAGGUGAUGAAUUUCAUUGUUAAUAUGUAAGAAUCAGUAACUGCCACAACCUUGUAUUUGCUAGCAGCAAAACAGGUGAAUAGGAGAUAAAAUCCAUGUAACUUUCUUUGAGGCAAUGUCUUCAGUGAAUUUCUGCUGGUGGUUUCUCUGUGGUCAAAACUUUGAGACCAGAGCACUCUAGGAAAAAGUGGAGUAAAAGAGUGACAGUGAUCUCAGAUUGGAGCUAUGUGAACCUCCAAUCUGGAUGAUUUGUAAUUAAAGUAAAAAUAUAGCCACCACCGUGUUUUCCUUCUGUGUUAGCCCGUGUAGUAGAGACAGGGGCCCAGAGAAUAGUCCAUCCAUCCCAGCCACCUUCAUACUCAUGACUGCUAGUCACAGGCUGUUGAGCAGGAAAGUCAUUCACUUGAGCUAUUGGGAUGAUUGACACAAAGCAACCAGCUGUCCUGUGGGAGGGCUUAGACAUACAGAUGUUCCGGUAAGGAUCUGUAGGUGUUACAAAAAUAGGCAGGAACUGCCUUCAUAAAACACCGGGGACACAGCUUAAAGCAUUAUCAUGUAUUUAAUAUUAUAUCUGUGUUAUUAUGACAGGCUACACUUCCAAAUAAAGACAAAACCUGGACUUUUGCUAUGAAAACACAGCGUGGUAACAGAUGAAUAAGCUGUCAUAUCCCAUAUAGUUCACUUGAGUGGGUAGUAAAAAUAGUAUUGUUGAUACCAGGAGACCAGAAUUCUUACCCACUUUCUACCUGUCAGAGCCUAGAUCAGUCACUUACCAUUGCUACCGUAAGCUUCAGUUUCCUGAAUUGCAAAAUAAUUGUGCUGGGUUAAAUGACCCCCAAAGCCCUUUUCCAGCCCCAAAUCCUCAUUGCACACACGUGAAAAGGCUUUGAAGAAUACUGACGUACUCAGAUUUUCUUAUGUAUUUCUGAAGGAAAGAAAUUAAAAUAAGACUGAAGCCUUGAAAGUAUUGUAAAUAGGUCAUUCUUCAAAUUCAUUGUGAGAAGAGGAAAUACGAUGUUUUCUCUCCUGUAAGAACUGACACUGGUCUAUAAUGGGAUCAUGAAAAGGUAGAAAAAUCACUCUGUGGAACGGAAACAGAUGAAUGAAAUAGCUGGAAAAGAGGGAGGUGAUUCGCUAAAUUUAAUUAGAGUUAAGCUGAUUUGAAAUGGGAAAUGAAAUGCUAAAACAGUCCUAGAGCUUUACUGCACACUCAACAGUACGAUCCUGGGAGUAGGGGAAGGUGGGGAAAGGUUGGAGGGAUAGGAGAGUUUGCCUUACGAUCUUUUGAUUCCUUUUGCACAAGAAGCAGUUUGGUAGAGCUAAGUUCGUGUGCAUUCGUGCUGGCUCUUGCCAACGAUUCUCAUGGGCCCUAGGAAGGUCCCUUCAACCUCUCUGAGCCCCAGUUUCUCCAUCCAUACAGUGAAGACUUUGAAUUUAGUAAUCUGUAUAUUUCUUUACAUCUUUCAAAAUUCUCUAACGUUUUCAGAUUUGUUGAACUAGAGGCGCACAGGUAUACAUUGCUCUCCUCCAGUCACUGAGAUACCACGUAUCUCUACUGUGACUGAACAGACUGCAGAUUCAAAUGUUCCUAUUUCUAAUAUUGCUAAUUGCCUCAGCAAGAUGUAAAAAUGUAAACCUUACUUUUAAUGUUGACCAUGUUGUAUUUAUUAUGAUUUUGCAUUUCAUCUUUGAAUGUUGACUUAGUUCUCUAAACAACACGUCCAUUCAACUGAACUUUCCAUAUAAAUUUUGUAGUUUAAUAAACACUUACAAAAUCAGAAUUAAAUAUAUUAUGCUUAUCAAUGAACUGUAACUGAUUGUAAGGUGCAUUUUUGUCACAUUAAAAGAUUAAUGCCCUUUUUGUCCCAGAAGCAACAAUGGCGAUCAUUUAAAAUAACAUUCACAAAAUUUUGCCAAUUUCUGUGAAUACAAAAAAGGCCUGAUAGAGCCAUAUUGUAAUUAAUUUUGCUCAGGAGUGAGAAAUAAAAUUCAGGGAUAACCCAAAUGCUUCUGUUUGACUUUAGCGGACAGUUGGAAAAAGAAGGGUUAUAGGUUUUGCACAACAUAGAUAAGAGAUAAUUGUAUCCACUGAAAAAAUAAGAGUAUAUUCUGGUUGCUGGUUUUAUGGUAGAAGGAGAUUAUAAUAGAAAGAUGCUAAAAUAUGGACACUAAGGAAAUUGUUAAAAUGAUAGCAGUCCAUUUGAAUAAUACAGAACUAUUUUGUCAUACUGAGCUUAUUUGUCCAGUUUAGUCUUAUAUCCUUCCAUUCAGAAAAGGGGACCGUUUUUUAAGGCCUCUAUCAUAAUAGGAAAUAGGUAUUUUGACUAAUGGAGCAAUUCAUUAACACAUUUAAUCUGAUCAUUUUGGUUUUGUGAAUCUGAAUUUUCACUUUAGAUCUAAUUGAAUCUCUUGUGUAUUAGUGUUAGUGAUCUUUGUGAGAAGUAAUUUUAUCCAUUUUUUUAAAGUUGGUCAAAUUUGCUAAAUGGUGAUUCUAGCAUAUUGUGUUAAUAAUGUAUCUUGCAACUAUCUGUGAACUAACCAUACUAAGACAAACCAUAGUAGAAUCUUUUCUGGUAAAUUGUUUCCAUGAUACUAUCUCUUAAUGCUGGGCUUAGGGGUGGGGGGAUUAAGUAUUUAGUUUGCUUAAAGCUGUCAAAGUGUUUUUCCUAAAUGCCAUAAAAUUGUAUGAUUAUACACCAAAUAGGAAUAUCUUCUUUUGUUUUUCAAUUUUAAGGGCACUGUAUAGACCAUUUUUGGAACUACCCCAUAAAAUGGUGUCAUUUUUGUUUAAAAGUUCCUACGUAUCUAUACAAGGGAAAGCAAACAGUGUGUGUAGUAUUUCUAUGUAGUAUGCUCAAUGUAGUAAGAAUCCAUAUUUGAAAUCUUAUACAGAUAGAUAGUAAUUAUACAGAUGCCAGAAUAACAAAUACAACACUUUAAUUUCUUCAUAGAGAUGUCUAAUAUUUGUUUAUUAUCUCAUACUUUGCAAAGAUCAUUCACCUUUUAUUUAAUCUUUAAAAUACCCAUAUGAAGUACUAAUACCAUGUGAAGUUUGGAGAUUGAACAAACAAGGUUUAAAAAGAUGAAGAGACUCGUCCAAGACCGUAUGGCCAGCAAAUGGGUCUAAAUUUUGUGUUCUUUACACUAUUCACCUUCUGUCGUGUUAUUUUUCUCCUAUCACUGCCAUUAUCUUUAAACACUUUGGCUAAAAUUUCAUUCUAAAUGAUACACUGGGACAUUUUAGGGUUUGUCUACAAAGCAUUGUUGCUGUUAUUGUCAGAGCUUUUUAGAUAUUUCCUAAGUGUAAUCCUCCCACAGCGUGACAGACAACCAUUUUCUAUCUAAAAGAUAUUAAGUCCACACACCCUGACCCCAGACACUCAAUCCAUAUGAUGUCAAAGUGCUAGGCUGAAAAAAAUGAUCUUCACUCAUCUUCUUUCUAAUUUCGAUUUUUAAAAAUCCAUCUUAAUGACUGAUUUCUGAACAGUUGAAGGAAGCAAUAAUUAACCCAAAAAACUGCAGCCAUUUUGAUUCAGAGAAAACAGACGGUCAAACCCACCAGAAGUAAUAAUUUUUCAGCUGAUUGUUCUUCAUCACAUGGAUUCUCUGACUGGGGGGACAGGGAAGAGGGUUGGGUAGAAAAAUUGUCUUCAUUUUAAGGUAACUCAUUCUUUCCUGUAACUAUUCAAAAAGAAUUGGUUAUCAAGUAUUAGGUAACAGUGUUAUUAACAGUAGUCAUCGUUCAAAUAUAUGGUAAAGUUUACCCACAUAUGUUAAAAUCCACUUAAGUAGUUUACCACAUAAAAUUAAAAUGUGAUGACUGCCCAAUGUGGAUAUGGAGAACAUUUAGUUUUAAAUCCAUGACAUAAUGCUAUAUUUUCAUUCUUUUGUCAAACAACAUAUAGACACUGUUACUGCUUUCCCUUGUAAAUCAACAGUCUGUGAUACAUUCUGUACUUUUAAUGACUAGCAACGCAAUGUUACUGUGAAUAAGUAAAUGGAACAUAUGCUACAUUAUAUUAAAAUUUAAAAUUUUCUAACCUUAAAUUUAGUUCUCCUCAUCAAACAGAGAAGUCAAACAACUAUUAUUUUGUAUGAAAUAAUCAUUCUUAAACAAUGACAUGAUAACAAAUACUGGAAUUAUGAAUUAAAUGUAAUAUCAAACAUA